CAAACGUUCCUGACACGAAUUCUUACCAACAUGGAAAUAACGACGUUAUCGCCAGAGGACUUCACCGAGUAUAAUUUCCUCAACGAGUCUCUUCACUUCGUGAACGGCACAUCCAAGCCAUGCGCCACCCCACAUUUGGGGAAGAUAUUCAGUAUAAUCCUGAAGGUGGUGUACGUCAUCGGCAUCCUCGGGAAUGGAGUUGCGAUCAUGUGUCUGAGGAAGGGAGAGAAGAGAGUACGCAACAGGAAACAUCUGCUGCUGCUUACUUCUUUAGCCUCUAACGACAUCGUUGCCUUGGUGGGCAUGAUGGCAUCGAUGAUGGUAGCCGAGGCCAUGCCGUGGGUGAGCGCGACGCGCGCGUACUGCGCCAUACGUGUGGUUCUGCGCGUGUUCGGCAUCGGCAGCGUUUGUAUCGCCGUCACGAUGGCGUUGGAGCGGUACCUGGCGCUCACCAGGCCGUUUCUCUAUCAGAAGCAAGUGACAUACUACGUGAUCCGCACCGCUCUGCUCGCCGGAUGGUUCUGGGCGGCGGUGCUGACGUGCGCGCCGGUGCUGGGUCUCGGCCUGUACUACAACGAGAGCACCGGCUGCUGCAUGCGCUACCGCAUGGCUGUUGAGACAACUGACUUCGUCUACGCAUGGAUCUACGUCACGUUCGGUGCCCUGCUGUGCGUGAUUCUCGUAUACUGCAACUUGGCGGUUAUCCGCGCGCUAUACGAGAUAAGCGCGCCUCGCGGGGCUCCUGUGAUGCGCAGAGUCUCCAAGAGCAGCUGUCGGCAGAGAGCCGCCGUGCCCGCCUCUGAAGCCGGCCACCACAACCCUGCCACGGCUGAGGAAGUCGCCUUCAGCAGACUUAUGGCGACGCUGUCUGUAUUAUUUAUGAUCUGCUGGCUGCCACAAAUGAUAACGUCGUCCCUAUAUUUGUCCUUGAACUCGCGCUACUGGCCACGUCUGGCGCCACUGGGGGCCAUCUCAGACCUGCUCAUGCUGCUCAACUACGUGCUCGACCCCGUGCUCUACGUGCUGAUGCGCCGGUCGCGCCCUCGCUGCCUGCGAGCGCUGAGCCACGCUCUUGCGCAUUGUUUUAAACGGAACCACAAGACAUCGACGGAGUCGAUAAAGACAUCGUGCUGCCCGCAGGAGACAUUGCUGGUGAGCGAUAGCUCGGGCGCCGAGAUGAAGCCGCUGCGCGCGUUGCCGGCGCCCACUCCCGCGCACUUGCUGGACUGACCGUGGAGCGACCGCCCUCUCUAGACACGGUCUAGUCAGAGGGCUCGC